GCAUGUCAACAAAAGGGACUCUUUACUCUUAUAGCUAGAUUUUAAAAUAACUCAUUCAUAGAGCUGCCUAUUGCUCUGGCAUUGGUCUUAUAUUUGCAUCUUCUUUGCUGUAACUAUAACUUCAGUCAUUAAUGGCAGGGAAGAAAAAGGAGGCGAGCCUGCAGGCUUCUGUUACAAAGCAGGAACAAUGGGAGGAGAUGCUCACUACCAAGGGUUUAACAGUUGUAGAUGUUUACCAACAGUGGUGUGGCCCCUGUCGAGCUGUGGUUAGUCUCCUCCGAAAAAUAAAGAACGAGCUGAGUGAUGACCUUCUACAUUUUGCCACUGCUGAAGCUGACAGCAUUGAUGCCCUGGAGAAGUAUCGAGGAAAAUGUGAACCCACAUUCCUUUUCUUUGGAGGCGGGGAGUUGGUUGCUGUGCUGCGAGGGGCCAAUGCUCCGAUGCUCCAGAGGAUGAUUGUGGAGGAGCUGGCCAAAGAAAAGCUGGUCCUGGAGCAAGGCCACAGGCGCAAAGUGGUGAAAGAUGACGGUCUGUUGGAUGAAGAGAUGAAAGAGGAAGAGCUUCAGCAUCCAGAUAAUCAAGAAAGUAUAAUUGUUCCAGCCAGUAAAUCCUACACAGUUGCUAUCAUUAAGCCUGACGCAGUUGCUCAUGGCAAGGCAAAUGAGAUCAUUAUGAAGAUCCAAGACGCUGGGUUUGAGAUCCUCGCGCACGAGGAGCGCACCCUGUCUGAGGCUGAGGCCCGAGAUUUUUACCAACACAAGGCAGAAGAGACCAAACUAAGAUUCAGCCAGGCAGUAUCUCUGAGAAAUGAUUUGCAGACUUGCUUUGAGGACUUGGUGCAGUUUAUGUCCAGCGGUCCCUCCCAUAUUCUGGUGCUCUCUCAGAUAGAGGGCACGGCCAAUGUUAUACCAGCGUGGCGUCAGAUCAUCGGCCCGGCAGACAUAGAAGAAGCCAGGAGAGAAAAGCCAGAAAGCUUGCGGGCCCAGUACGGCACAGAGACGCUGUUCAACGCAGUGCACGGCAGCGAGGACAGCGACCAGGCCAGCAGGGAGCUCGCCUUCUUCUUCCCCAACUUUAGGACGGCCUCCGAAGCAGAACAGGAUGGGGAGGAAGAGCAUGUGGAGAGGACGCUGGCUCUUAUCCGGCCCGACAUUGCCAGCGAGAACAGAGAUGAGAUCUUGGCCCAGAUUCACAAGUCAGGCUUUACAGUUGCCCUUGAAAAAGAGGUGAUGUUGACUGAAGAGCAGGUCAAACAGUUUUACUUCCAACACGUGGACGAAGACUACUUUCCCGCACUUCUCCAAAACAUGACAAGUGGGCCGGUGCUUGCUUUAGCUCUGGCCAGGAAAGGGGCUGUCCAUCACUGGAAGAACAUCCUCGGCCCUCCUGACCCCCGCAAAGCCAAAGAAGAGGAUCCUGAGUGUCUAAGGGCUCAGUUUUCUGUAGAAAAUCAGCCCAUCAACCAGCUCCAUGGCAGCGCAACUCCUGAAGAGGCCGAGAGAGAGCUCGACUUCUUCUUUCCUAAACAGCGGACGCUGGCAGUCAUCAAACCUGAUGCUCUGGAGGAUCACAGAGAUACGAUUUUGAAAGAGAUCCGAGGAAGAGGCUUCGCCGUGGCGCAGCUGAAGGAGACCGUGCUGUCAAGAGACAUGGCUGAGGAGUUUUACAAAGAGCACAGGGAGAAGGCUUUCUUCAACCAGCUGGUGGAUUUUAUGUGUCGUGGGCCCUGUAUGAUGCUCGUCUUGACCAAGGAGAACGCUGUGGAGGAGUGGCGGGCCAUGAUGGGCCCCACCGAUCCCGAGAAGGCUAAGGAGACAUCGCCGCAGUCUCUGAGGGCGCGCUUCGCUGCCGACAUCCUCCACAACUCAGUUCACGGCUCCUCUAACGAGCGACACGCCGAGGAGAAGAUCCGGUUUAUCUUCGGCGACAUCAACACAGAUGCAGCUCCCACCGCGGACAGAGAAACCAGCAGAACCGUCUCAGCUGAAGAGUCGGGCUGUUCAGAAGACGGAAACAAAGGAAUAUCAAGAUCUACAACCGAGGAAACCUCUAAUAACUAGGGUUAACAUGGAGGCGUGAGGUUUCUGUAAUGAGACCGGGGGUAAACAAUCAUGAAGCGUUUACAUGGGUCACGAUGUGCAGUAGUAUAUAAAAGUUGGGAAAAAUAGAAAUAAAAAAACUUGAUAUUAGCUGAUAUUGUCAUUCAUUUUGGUCUGUUCAGGGAUCGCUCACAAUUCUCAAGUGUACAAAACA